GUCCUUCGUUACCGUUUUGUCUAAUUGUGACCUGUGACGUUUGAGGGCGGGGCGCGGAGGGCGCUACGAAAGCCAGAGGGGCCAGGAUUCCCAGUCGCUUCGAAGAGGAGAACGGGAGGCGGGAUGGUUUACAUCUCGAAUGGACAAGUGUUGGACAGCCGGAGUCAGUCCCCAUGGAGACUGUCUUUCAUAACCGAUUUCUUCUGGGGAAUAGCUGAGUUUGUGGUUUUCUUUUUCAAGACUCUGCUUCAGCAAGAUGUGAAAAAAAGAAGAGGCUACAGAAACUCGUCUGAUUCCAGAUAUGAUGAUGGAAGAGGGCCACCAGGAAACCCUCCCCGUAGAAUGGGUCGAAUCAAUCAUCUGCACGGCCCCAGUCCUCCUCCAAUGGCUGGUGGAUGAGGAAGGUGA